UUCUGCCGAAUCUUCAAAAUAAUGACAAAUUUUCGCUGAAGUUCUUCUUUGCAGAGGCGAGGAGUCAUUUAUAUGUUAAGAUAGCGACGUCGUUGAUCAAACUGAAGUCUCAAUGCAGAAAUGAUAUACAUGAAUAUUAGCUAAUUAACGGACAAUGUCUUUGAAUCUGAUCAAGUUUAUUAUUUUGUUUCUCCCAUCAAAUUCUGAAAACUGGGUUGGAAAAAAACCAUGCCUACCAACUGUUUGAUGAUUUGCUUCUAUGGAAGUACAAUAGUAUAUGCCUUAAAUUUUCUCUCAAAUUCUCUUGCCUUGGCCUGAUUGAUCAAAUUACAGAUAUUUUAACUAGCUUUUUAAUGUCCUUAACAUGUCUACGAUGUAAGGCUAAUUAGAUUGAAGAAGCUAUAUAUAUUGAAUCCAAAUGGAGGAGACAAGAAUCUUAGUCAUGGAGAUUGUGUGUUAUAUCUGCUUCUUCAAGGUAAAUUUAGAUAAUGUCAGUCAGAUCUCUCUCUUUGGCUCUUUGCAUUGAUAUAUAAUCACUCUUAUGAUCAAUCAUUGAUACUUAUUCAAUAUGAGCCCGCACGUCUGGUUGGUAGAUUAGAAAUACUACAUUUUCUUUUCUUAGUUAACAGAUACUUUAAUUCACUUUCUUAUGAUUGAUUGGCUUGGCUUAACUUAAAACCAUUUAAUGAUUCAUUUUUGUUCUUACCCUCUUAAUGACCCAUAGUUUUCUGCAUAGCUGUAGAUUGGGACCUACCACAAUAAUCUUAAAAUCAAGAUUGAUAAGGACAUGAUUAGUUUAUUGAUAUAAUUGAGAAUUAAGAAUUUGAACUGGCAUAAAACAAAGCAUGUUAUUCUGGUACAAAUACCAUCCUUCCCAUCCCAAUUUCUUUUCAAGCAUUGAUCGGGUAGAGCUUCUCUGAUAAAAAAAAAAAACAAGUUCAAUUUAUCUUUUUUCUUAUAAUGGAGCCUGGAGGUAUGGUUUGUGAAGGAGAAUGGAAUUCGCUCUUAAUGGGUGGAAUGUAUUCGUCGAGUAAUGAAGAGGCUGAUUUCAUGGCGAACUUGCUUAACAACUGUUCCUCUGGUGAUGGACAUUCCAUGUAUAUGUCACAAGAGACUAGUUAUAUUAAUAAAGGGUAUCCAAACUCUUCAUGUGAUGAUGUUUGUUACUACCCAAAUGAGUCAGACCAAUUUCUGGCAAUGAAGAAUGCUAGUUCCAUGUCAAUUGACUUUUGUAUGGAGGAAGAGGAGGAGGAUGACAGCAUGAUCGAAGAUCCGUGUGGAAAGAAUCUGCAGAUAGUAAAAGAACCCGAAAUGGCAAGGCCUGAGAUCAUCAUUGAAGAUAACAAGAACAGCCUCUUGAAGAACAAGAAGAGAUCCCUGGCUUCUAAAGAUGUCCAAAAGAAGAGAAGCUCUAAAUCCAGGAAGAAUAAUAAAACAAACGACGAGGAAAGGAAUGUGAGGGCGAGCUCAAGUGGUUCUGAUUCAGAAGAUGAGUCAAACGUUUCACAAGAAGGAGUGACUUCAAGUUCGAGCGCCAGAUCAGGAGCUGCUCGUAACUUAAACAACAAGACAAGAGCCAGUAGGGGAUCUGCAACCGAUCCCCAGAGCCUAUACGCAAGAAAAAGAAGAGAAAGGAUCAAUGAGCGACUAAGGAUCUUACAGAACCUUGUUCCAAAUGGGACAAAGGUUGAUAUUAGCACCAUGCUUGAAGAAGCUGUUCAAUAUGUCAAGUUCUUGCAAAUCCAGAUCAAGCUUCUAAGCUCUGAUGAUAUGUGGAUGUAUGCACCAAUUGCAUAUAAUGGAAUGGACAUUGACGCCCUUGAUCUCAAGAUUUCUACUGCCCGUCAAAAUGCAACAGAUUCGCUUAAAUAAACAUCUUUUUUUUCUUCACGUUAUUGAAUCGUGAGAGGAGUAUAUUUCUUAUGAGCAUAAUAAUAAUAAUAAUACUGUAUUUAGCAAUCCUGUGUGACGAAG